AUGUCGCUGGCCACAAAAUUGCGACGAGUUCGAAAAUCGCCACCAGAAGGAUGGGAUUUGAUCGAACCGACACUCGAACAAUUCGAGGCAAAAAUGCGAGAAGCCGAGACGGAACCGCAUGAAGGAAAACGAAAGACUGAGAUUAAUUGGCCGAUUUUUAGGUUAGUCGGGAAAAACUUUUAAUGUUGUCUGGUGCUACUGGAUUUUGUGUAGAAAAACUUACAAGAUAUAUUCUUGAUUUUUUUAAAAUGAAAAAUGAGUUUGUUCUAUCGGAAAAUUCUAAAAAUGAGUAGAAAUUAUGUUUUUUUUUGUUAAAAAAAAUAAUAAAACGUGAUGACCCAGAAAUAACCGAGCGAUCCCAAAAACAUCAUUUCUAGUAGAUUUUGUUCCACGCCAUGACUCACUUCACUAAGAAAUCCACAUUUCCUUGCAGAAUUCACCACCAACGUUCUCGCUACAUCUACGACCUCUACUACAAACAAGAAACCAUCUCACGUGAACUCUACGACUUUUGUCUUCUCGCAAAAUUAGCCGACGCCAAUCUCAUCGCCAAAUGGAAAAAGCAGGGCUACGAGAAUCUGUGCUGCUUGCGUUGUGUUCAAACGCGCGACUCGAAUUUCGGCACAAAUUGUGUGUGUCGCGUGCCGAAAAGUAAAUUGGACGCGGAAAAAGUCAUCGAAUGUAUACAUUGUGGAUGUCGCGGGUGUUCCGGAUAA